AUGAAGAUUGUCAAGAGAAUGCGGAUGAAGCCAAGGCCAACUCUAUCGACAGAUUUCGCUGCCUCAGAUUCCGUCUACUACCGAAAGCCAGGCAACGAAUCUGUUGUUGGCUCUGGAACCUACGGCAAAGUCUUCAAGGCUAUACACGUCUAUACUAAUGACAUGGUUGCCCUUAAGAAAAUUCGGAUGGAGGGCGAACGCGAUGGGUUCCCGGUUACAGCUAUUCGAGAGAUCAAGCUACUCCAAUCUCUCAACCACGACAAUGUUGUCAAGCUGCAGGAGGUCAUGGUGGAAAAGAAUGACUGUUUCAUGGUCUUUGAAUACCUCUCACACGACCUGACAGGUCUUCUCAACCAUCCUACCUUCAAGCUCGACAAUUCGCAUAAAAAGGAUCUAGCCAAGCAACUCUUCGAGGGCCUCGACUACCUCCACCGCCGAGGUGUACUACAUCGCGAUAUCAAAGCAGCCAACAUCCUCGUCAGCAAUGAAGGGCAACUCAAGCUCGCCGAUUUCGGUCUCGCACGCUUCUACGCCAAGCGCGGCUCAAAGCUCGACUAUACCAACCGCGUCAUCACAAUCUGGUACCGAUCGCCAGAGCUCCUGCUCGGCGAAACCCAGUACGGCCCCGCCGUCGACAUCUGGAGUGCCGCCUGCGUCCUCGUCGAGAUCUUCACCAAGCACGCUAUCUUCCCCGGUGACGGCGGUGAAAUCAACCAGCUCGAUAAGGUCUACAAUAUCCUCGGUACGCCAACCAUCGCUGAAUGGCCUGGCAUCGUGGACAUGCAGUGGUUCGAACUUCUGCGCCCAACAGAACGCAAGGCUAGCACGUUUGCGGACAAGUACCGCGAGCGUGUUACGACGCAGGCUUUCGACCUGCUUGAGGGCAUGUUCCAGUUCGACCCCGUGGCGCGGCCCAGCGCGAGCGACGUCCUCGAGCACCCGUACUUCACGACCGAGGAGCCACAGCCGGAGCGGGCGACGGCGCUCAGGCUGCUCGAAGGCGACUGGCACGAGUUUGAAAGCAAGGCGCUCCGAAAAGAGCGCGAGAAGAUCGACAAAGAAGCGCGACGGGCGGCGCGGGACGAGAGCGCGAGGCGCGAGGGCGACAAGCGACGCGCGGAGGAGAAGCCGGAGCCGGAGCGGGAUGUUAAGCGGCUGAAGAGCGAGAGUGCGGAUGGGGGGAGGCCGCUGGUUGUGCAUUGA